CAUAACGAUGUUUCUGGAGUAACGUUAGAGGAAGUUAUUCCAGUAAUUUCUCUUUAACGGAAACCAAAAGAAAUUUCUCGAACUCAGCUCUGCGCUUUGUAAUACACAUUUAGAUAAGUAUUCGGUGAGGUUUGGAAGCUUUUUGUCCAACAUGAUGUCGGAUGAUGACCAGCCUAAGACGUUGUACGUCGGCAACCUCUCCAGGGACGUGACGGAGGCUCUCAUCAUGCAGGUGUUUACCCAGAUCGGACCCUGCAAGAGCUGCAAAAUGAUCAUCGAUACUGCAGGAAACGACCCGUACUGCUUUGUGGAGUUCUUUGAGCACAUGCACGCCGCUGCUGCCCUGGCCGCCAUGAACGGACGCAAAAUAUUAGGAAAGGACAUGAAAGUGAACUGGGCCUCAAUGCCAAGCAGCCAGAAGAAAGACACAAGCAAUCAUUUCCAUGUCUUUGUCGGCGACCUGAGCCCAGAAAUCUCCACAGAGGACGUCAGAGCCGCCUUCGCUCCAUUUGGAAAAAUAUCCGAUGCUCGUGUGGUAAAAGACCUGGCUACUGGGAAGUCUAAGGGCUAUGGGUUUAUCUCCUUCAUUAACAAAUGGGAUGCGGAGAACGCCAUCCAGCAGAUGAACGGCCAGUGGCUGGGAGGCAGGCAGAUCAGAACCAACUGGGCCACCAGGAAGCCUCCUGCACCCAAGUCCAACCCCGAGAGUCAGUCUGGUACAGGCAACACCAAACACCUGUCCUACGAUGAGGUGCUGAAUCAGUCAAGCCCCAGUAACUGCACUGUGUACUGCGGAGGGGUCACUUCCGGCCUCUCAGAUCAGCUGAUGAGGCAGACUUUCUCUCCAUUUGGACAGAUCAUGGAGAUCAGGGUCUUCCCGGAUAAAGGCUACUCAUUCGUGAGGUUCGAUUCUCACGAGAGCGCAGCCCACGCCAUAGUGUCUGUGAACGGGACGUGCAUCGAAGGCCACACGGUCAAGUGCUACUGGGGGAAAGAAACCGCAGACAUGAGGGCCAUGCAGCAGAUGGCCAUGCCCCAGCAGAGUAACCCGGCCUACGCGGCCCAGCCGUACGGACAGUGGGGUCAGUCUUACGGUAAUGGCCAGCAGAUGGGGCAAUACAUCCCUAACGGCUGGCAGAUGCCGACGUACGGAGUGUACGGUCAGGCCUGGAACCAGCAGGGCUACAAGUAAGUACACCAGCACGCCGUCCGCCACACCCUCCUCCUCAUCCUCCUCCUCACGUACCCCAACCCAGGAGGGCAGAACUACGCCAGCGGGACGGACCAUUCCAUCAGGAAACGGGGUGGUGGCUGCGGACUCCCACCCCAUGUACAGCGUAUUCGGAUCAUUAGCCCACCCUCGCCACCUGCUUUUUGUCUUCUUUUUUUUUUCCUCCCUCCCCCCGGGAUUUUUCCCCACUUCAUCUUGUAGUUUGGACUGAUUUAAAAAAAUAUAUAAUACAUGUCAGUCUUUUUAAAAAUGUCUCCUUUUGGUUCAUUUGCCUUUUUUUUUUGUUUAUUUUUUUGUAAUUAUUAAUCUCCCCAGUCUGUAGUCUGACUCCCAGAUUUCAGUAGUUCUAGUUAAGUAGUGUUGAGAAACGUCGCGACCCCCCACCCCGUGCACCAUUUUGUGAAAAAAUUUUUCCCUCUGAAUUAUAAUUUUCAUUUGUUAUUAUGGACACACUGCAGCUCGACAUGAUUGUUGAUUUUUUUUUUUUCUUUCUUUUUUUUCCUCUUCUUCUUCUUCUUUCUUUUAUUCACAGUCUGGUAAUUUUGUAAAAAAAAAAUCUCUAUAUAUAAAUAUAAAUAAAACAAAGUAGAGGCGGUUUCCUCAGUGGCCUUGACAUGCACUUGAAGUUCCCAAAACUUCUUGUGAAAUAAUAUUGUUCUUAAUUUCUCCAGCUUUUAACAAAAUUCAUUACUACACGUUAAGCACCACUGUUUUUGUCCUUCUUAAAUUUAUUUUUUUUCCUUUCUGCGAUUAGAAAUUUUUAUAAAAGAUGCCACAUUGUGGAUAUUUCAUUAUAAUGUACAAUGCUUAUGUUAAGCUCUGAUGUUUAAAUGUCCUUCUCUUGAUCUUGUUUUUGUUUUUUGUUUUUGUUAAGUACAUCUGUAUAAUUAUAUAUAUAUUUAUAUAUAAUUAUAAUUGAAAAUCAUGGUUCCUUACGAUGAAAAUAAGGUUUGGGUUAGGACACCAGAGUGCUGUACGCUGUGUAAAGGUAUUUUUGUAAUUCUGUCGUCUUAUGUUUAACGCUUGUAAAUUGGGAUUUGUUUCACCAUCGUGUAAAUCGUUUCAGGCGAUCUCUAGCCGCUCUCUUUUCUGCGUCUGGAGUUUAGAGUUAUAUAGACUUGCCAUUUUAAACGUUUUCUCUUUUUCCCUCUCAAUUCCUUUCCAUUUUUUUGUUUCACGAGCAAACGCGUCACUGUGUUGAUUUUACAAGCCAAAGACGAGGAUCGCCGUCAGAUCUCCCGAGCCCUCUCUCUUUUAUCAACGCAACCACUGUAGGUGUAUCGAGAAACAGGAAGUCCUCUUCUCCUGCUUUUUCCACUUCCUGCCACAGAGCCGAGCUGUAGAUGGUCAUAUCGGAGGGGUGUGUGUGUGUGUGUGUAUAAUGUUUUUCCAUCAGUGUGUUCCUAUUUAGUCAUCUUUGUCCUUUAAAGAGAAGAGCUUAAGUAAUUAAAUAAAUCUGAUCUUUUUUUUUUUCUUUUUUCCAGUGUGUUAUUUUUUUUUAAUAUCCACUUGUUUUUGCUAAUGAAUAAAAUACUCUGCUUUCUAGAAAUUGAAAUUUUAUUUUGUAAAAAGCUGAAGAAAAAUGUACUGUUCGUCUUGGAUUUUCUGGGUUUUUCCUUUUCUCAUUCCGUUUUUUUUCUUUCUUUUUUUUUCUUCUCAAAUUCUUUUAGAGGGACAUUUAAUUUCGUGUAAAUAACUUGUUAUCCAUUAAUAUGAUAACCAUUAAAAGGCUGUUCCAGUAUUCUGAGACUCUGAGAAGUUAAAA